GAAUUUCAGACUCCUGUGGAUUGUAUACGAAGCCCGACGAGGCGGUUGCAAUGGGGUGGGUGUGGAAGGACGAUGAAACAGACGAGCUUGAUUCGUACGCCGGCGGAGUUAUUCCGGGAGGAGAUUGCUCUAUCAGAAAGGCAGUGAAGUCGAAGUGCAGAACUGAGGAGGUCGAGCCUGGGAAGUUCAUCAGGAAGUGCGAGAAAACCGAGCAGCUUCUCAGGGAUUGCAUCGGGAAGCCUGUCGAAGUGGUUGCAUCCAACAAAGAAUACACUGAAGAUGAUGUUACAGCCGAGGUGCUUAAAGGGCCUGUCUCUUUUGAGAUGUCAGAGCAUGGGGCAUAUGACUUCCCUGGGUUACGCAGUGAUCUUGAAGCCAUGACGCAUAGCUUCCUUAGCGGUAUCAACCGUUUCUUUGAAGAGGCUGAAGAGAUGAAGAAUGGCUUCUUUAAUGUUUUUGGAGCUCCACGCGUGUUUGAUGGGGAGUCUUCAUCCCCACCAUCAACGAGGCGAGGGAUACCAGGCGAAGGCCAUUCAAGGAAAGAUUCCUUUCCCAAAACAACUGAGCCAGACUCGGGACAUUUUGAUCUUUCUGGGUUGGCAAAAGAUGUUUGAAGCAUACCAACUGUUGAUCUUUACGUUGCUACUUGAUGGUUUGUUAAGAAAAUAAGUACAGUGGCCUUUUUGUUUGUAGCCCUUUUUUGUUUUAGCACAUUAAGGGUAUGGAAAGAUAGUAGAGUGGUACGUUAUAAAGU